AAUUCUACAGAAAACAUAGCUCUGACUAGACCUGCCUGGCAGCGUUAUCCCUUUCACGGCACACCAUGGGCAGCAACCUUGGCUGUUGACGGACGUCUUUCAGAUUUGUCCGCCAGAGGAGGACAGUGUGCGAUAUCAGCAAAUGGUCAUUCAGAAGCAGAAUGGAGGGUAGAUCUGGGAGAAGUUCGAAACUUGCAUCACGUUUUUAUACAUUACAGGACGGAAAAUGUCGCUUGGGAUAAAAACAACGCCCAUACGAAUAGAUUCUUGGGAUUUUCAAUCUACGUAUCGAACACCACCUACAGAAAGGACUGGAAACUGUGUUUCAAGGACAACAACUAUACCAGAGCCACAAUACCCAAUCCUAUCAAUGUUACGUGCCUUAUUCACGGGAGAUUUGUCAUAUACUACAACAACAGAACUCAUAGUCCGUUCCCUGCUGGAUAUUCAACUUACGCCUUUAACGAUCUGUGUGAAGUUGAAGUUUAUGGUUGUCUGAAAUUAGGGUAUUACGGAGAGAACUGCUCCACACCCUGCCCAGAAAACUGUGAGAAUGGAGAUUGUGACAUUGUGGAUGGGACCUGCAUUAGCUGUGUUCCGGGAUAUAAAGGAUCUAUGUGUAACAAAGCAUGUGAAGGCAAAUAUGGGAUGAAUUGCAGUAAAGUAUGUGGCGCCUGCUACGAAAAAGAACAAUGUGACUACAAAAAUGGUACUUGUCCAAGUGGAUGUGAGGACGGGUAUAAAGGGAAACAAUGCAAAACUGUUUGCAACAACAACACGUAUGGUCCUAAUUGCUCUAGGACAUGUGGACAUUGUGUCUACCUGUACGGAGAAAAAUGUAACCACGUGACGGGUCAGUGUCCUCGUGGAUGUGCUUCCGGCUUUCAAGGAGACCUUUGCGUUGAAUCAAGAGAUGAAUUUAAGAACAAGACAACGGUUGCAUGGCCAACGUAUACUGGUUGUCUGAAAGUAGGGUAUUACGGAGAGAACUGCUCCACACCCUGCCCAGAAAACUGUGAGAAUGGAGUUUGUGACAUUGUGGAUGGGACCUGCAUUAGCUGUGUUCCGGGAUAUAGAGGAUCUAUGUGUAACAAAGUUUGCAACAGCAACACGUAUGGUCCUUAUUGCUCUAAGACAUGUGGACAUUGUCUCUACCUGUAUGGAGAAAAAUGUAACCACGUGACCGGCCAGUGUCCUCGUGGAUGUGCUUCCGGCUUUCAAGGAGACCUUUGCGUUGAAUCAAGAGAUGAAUUUAAGAACAAGACAACGGUUGCAUGGCCAACGUAUAAUGCACACGUUCCAUCCGUUUCGCAAACUACAGUUCAAGUUCCUGUUUAUUCCAUCAUCACCGUUGUCGUAUUAUUUUCAGGCAGUGCUAUUCUCAACCUGAUUUUCAUAUCCAGAAAGGCACUUUUAAGAUGUCGCAAUCGAGACGAAAAGGUGGACGAAUCUGUCGAAAAGUCGUAUACAUAUGUCGACAGUAUUAAUGUUCUAGAAAAUGGAUGUGCCGCUCACCAAGAACUGGAGCAUUUUGACAAAAAAGAAAACGAUGAUAUAUAUACUUAUGUAGAAUAGAACUGGAAUUAUACGAAAUCUAUGGUGCUAUUAUGAAGACAAGGUGCUUUUAAGAAUAUUUGUUUUGUGACAAUUCAAAUACAAUUGUUUAGAAGACAACUGUUCAAAAUAUUUUUUUUUUUAAAUCUUACCUUGGCAUGGCCAAAAGAACAUAUUGGUAUAACUAAUUCUGUUAUAAUGUUAAUCAAAGUACUGAAGAGUGCUAAGCUAGCUUGGCUAUAAAGGAAAUUUACUUUGUGCAGACUAAGUAGGAAAUGAGACUUUCAUCGAAGUGUUGGCGUAUUUUAAAUUAAAAUCAAUUGAAGGUUUCCAAGCC